AAAAAAUUGGUGUGCAAAGCCUUAUUAGAGGCGCGCGGAGCACGAGCUUUUUAGUAAUAUGGUACGGUGCCAUAUGGGCAAUAUUUGAAGGAUUUGGAUCCACAGCGGAGGUGCUUGCGGGGAGGGGAUCCAAAAGUGGAUCCAAUAGCUAUUGAAUCCGGAUCCAUAUUUGACUGGUUGUUUCCAGCGGUCCCUCAUCAUUUCCUUCCUCCUCUGCGGCUCGUCAUUGGUCAUUACUCGUUGGUGUUGAAAUGGGCGUAUGGAGCGGCGGAAGAGGUAACGUAUGGGGAGUGGGACCCUUCCAUCACGGGGGCUGGAAUAGGAGGAAAAGACGGGAAAGAAACACCAGGAAUGGAGAAUCCAAUUCCAUCAAUGCGACUGGCGGCACCGGCUACUGGUUCCCCGCCAAACAAGCCAUCGCUUCCGGCUCUCUCGCCCUUACCGGAGACACCAUCGCUCAGCUCCGCCAUCGAUGGGUGAAGAACAAAGACCUUCUUCCGCAACCUCCGCAGUUGCCGGAUGUCGCAGGAGUUCUGCUUUCUGAGCAUGACUGGCUCCGAGCUCUCCGGAUGGGUUCAUAUGGAUUUUUACUAUACGGACCUGCUACUUUUUCAUGGUACAAGUUUCUUGAUCACUGCAUGCCAAAGCCAUCUGUUCAGAAUUUGUUUAUGAAGGUUUUGCUUAAUCAAGUUGUUCUCGGCCCUUGUGUGAUUGCUGUUGUUUUUGCAUGGAAUAAUUUAUGGUUAGGGAAACUCUCUGAGCUUCCAAAUAAGUAUCGCAGAGAUGCCCUCCCAACUCUGUUUUUUGGGUUUAGGUUCUGGAUCCCUGUUAGUGUUUUGAAUUUCUGGGUGGUUCCCCUUGAAGCUCGAGUUGCUUUCAUGUCAAUGGCCUCAAUAUUUUGGAACUUUUGGUUAUCAGCGACUAUGAUCAAGUAAGUAGGUUUUGUUUUAUGAACAUUUUAUAGGGACAACUACCACUGCUUUUACUGCGUGGCCAAUGGCCAUUCUUUGUUGGAGAAUGCGACCAAAGGCAGCGCCUUGCACAUCAGUGGCCUUUUCUCCUGAUGAGAUUUUAAUCUUUAUUCCUAGCCCUUGUUUGGUUUUGGAAUUUUAAAGGGAAUGAGAAGGAUGAAAUAGUUUUUGCUAAUUUAUUGAUAUUCGUGUUGUACCAGAAAGCAGUAACUUAUACUUCGUACUAAGUUAA